CAUGAUAGUGUUGUUAAAAAGUGAAGUGUGUAAAGUAAGGAUCAGUGUGUGCAGUGUGUGUGUGUGUAUGUAGUGUCUCAGCAGCAGAAACACAGCCUUAAGCAUGCUCCUCAUCCUCUUCUUCCUUGUCUUUCGACACUCCAUGGAAAUAACCAUCAGUGGUUGCCUCAUAGACAGGGACAAAGACCACCGACCUCGUGUGAGCUGUGAAAGUCAGGGUCUCACCACAGUGCCAGAUGGGAUAGAUCCUGAAACACAGACACUCGUCCUCUCUCAGAAUGCAUUCAUCUCUCUUUUCUGGGCUGCCUACAGCACAUUCAUACACCUUCAUGAGCUGGACCUGAGCCAGAACCUCAUCAGCACGAUCAACUAUUCGGGUUCUGUGCUGGGAAACCUGAGUGUUUUGCGGCUAUCUAAUAACAAGCUGACUAGUUUGGGCAGAGCUACAUUUAUGUCCACUCCUUCUCUUAUGGAGGUCUAUUUGGAUGGAAAUGCCAUCAGUUCUCUUGACAAUGCAACCUUCAUUGACCUUCCACUUCUAGAGCUCAUUAACCUUUCACGGAACAAGCUGCACAUUCUGCCAUCACACCUGCUGCAGCACAUUUCCUCUAGCAGCCUGAAAAACUUUGAUCUGGAGGAGAAUCAUCUCCAGCACCUACCAGAUGAUUUUUUUGCUUCAAAACCUGAGCUACCAUAUGUCUUCCUUUCAAAAAAUAACUGGGUUUGUACGUGCCAGGUAAGCUACCUGCAGAGCUACCUGGACAAUCAGGGUCAUAAUGUCUACAGCCACACCGGGCCCUCCAGCAUCGAGAAUGUCCCGGAGAAUGUAACGUGUUCUGCGCCGCCUAAACUACAGGGUCGAGCUAUACUGGACCUGAAGGAUGAGGAGUUCUGCACUUCAGAUACUGAGUCACAACCCUCCACCAUUCAAACACCUCAAAUAACAUCAACCACUGGACUGACCAUAACCAUCAUCCAAUCAAAGCUCAUAACAACAGUUAUACCAACCACUACAUCAACAUCUACACCAACAACUACACAAAUGGUUAUGCCAAAAACUACACUAAUUUCUACACCAACAACUACGCCAAAGACUAUGCCAAUGUCUACUACAACAACCAUGACAACGUCUACACCAACAACAGCAACAUCUACAAUGACCAGGCCAACCUCUACUACAAGAACACCAACAUCUACACCAACGGCAGUGUCUAUACCAACAACGCCAACGUCUACACCAACAUAUAACCCAACAAGUACACCAAAGACUGCUGAGUCUAGUUCUACCCCUAUUCCAACUACAAUAGCCACUAUUAAGUCAGUUACCAUGGUGACAGGGCAAGCAAAGGGAGUUGUCUCGGAGAUCAGUAGUGGUCAGAGCUCAGUGCCGUGGUGCUGGUGGUUAUUUAUCACUGUUUUGUUAUUGUGUAUUUUCUCUGCCAUUUUCGCCUGUAUGCUCUUUCUCUGGCUCAUUCUCAUGUACAUCACACUUUACAGACCAAUUAAACGGCAGUGCCACUGCAUCCAGGGUGUGGCCCUAAAGGCAUAUCGGGUCACAGCAGGAGAGUCAGUAACCAUGAACAGAACCAAGGAGGAAAAAGUGGCACUUUUACCCACAGAGAUGAUACAAGAAACUCAGCCAGUCUUCCGUUCUGUUCUUUUCAUCACAAAAGGAGAAGAUGAUGGUGAAGCGGAUGAUAAGACAGAGGGAACUGGGAAUAAGGAAGAAGAAAAUAAGAGAGGAACUGAUGCUGUGUCUAAAAUAGUCCUGUGUCCAGCAGUGACUCUGCACAGAGAGACAGAAACUAAAGACAGGAAGGAAGUGUUCAGGAAAACUUUUUACAGAGUGAUAAGCAGAGAGGAAGAGCUAAAGGGAUGGAGGGAGGUGGAGGAGAACUGCUUGGGAAUAACAGAGAGAGAUAAAGGAAGAGAAGAAAUAGCAGUGGAGAGAGAAAAGACACGAUACAGCCUUAUUCUCAGGGAGGAGAGAGGGAGUGUGAUGGAGGACAGAAGAGGAGAGACAGAGUGGCUGGUGGGGGAGUGGGAGAUGAGAUGAGGAGAACAGGAAGCUGGCAAUAUUCUGUUAGGAUAAAAAAAAGAGCCACUGACAGAUACACCAGUUUGCGUUACUCAAGUUUAAUUGAACGUAGUUUUGAGUUCAUGUUUCACUUUUUAUCUCAAGUUUUAUAACGUUUAUAAACUAACUCUCAGUUCUAUUUUCUAUUCUACUGAAGUUUAAAUCACUAAGAAAUAAAAACAAUUCCUUUCUGCAGA